AUGUACUUAUGGGUUGCAUUUGUCACUGGGCUUAUUAUAUCAGAGAUCCCUUACUUAAUGAUCUGCGCAGUUUUCUAUUAUAUCUGCUGGUACUAUACAGUUGGCUUCCCUAAUAGCUCUAGCCGUGCUGGAGGGACCUUCUUCGUCAUGCUUAUGUACGAGUUUAUCUACACCGGCAUUGGUCAGUUUAUCGCAGCCUACGCACCUAACGAGGUUUUCGCAUCAUUAGUUAACCCUCUUAUUAUUGGUAUCCUCGUCUCCUUCUGCGGCGUCUUGGUUCCGUACCAGCAGAUUCAGAAAUUCUGGCGUUAUUGGAUUUAUUGGUUGAACCCCUUUAAUUACAUUAUGGGAAGUAUGCUAGUUUUUGAUAUUUGGGACACUGAGAUUAGGUGUGAUGACAAGGAAUUUGCCCGUUUCGAUCCUCCCAGUGGAGCUACCUGCGGCGAGUAUCUAUCCGAUUAUCUGACACAGAGUAUGGGAGCGGUCAGCGACCUCAUUAACCCCGAUGAUACAUCGGAAUGCAAAGUGUGUUUAUACACAAAGGGCGAAGACUACCUUAGAACUCUCAACUUAAAGGAGUACUAUUACGGAUGGAGAGAUGCAGCGGUUGUGGUCAUCUUUGCCAUCAGCUCAUACGCUCUGGUCUACGUGUUAAUGAAGCUCCGAACCAAGACAUCCAAGAAGGCAGAAUAA